AGUGUGUGUGUGAGUGUGUAUCACUCGUAAUGUCGCCUCGUUUGAUGUCGUGUUCUGAAGAGUCGGCGGAUGUGGUGUCUCAUCCUGCGAGAGUGGGACUGUUACAGGCCAAACCCAAAUCAGCUGUACUCUACCAGGGUACUGUGUUCACUAAUGUAAAACACCAUGGUAAAUGCAUGUUUUUUGCACAGUCCAACAAGUAUCCAAGCAGCCGUCUGGGACAAUGGUCAGUUAUACAGGCAUGGCGCAGGAGAGCGCGGUGCAGUACGAGCCGGUGGCGGAGAUUGGCGGCGGCGCUUAUGGGAUGGUGUACAAGGCUCGAGAUAGAAACACCGGGCAGUUUGUGGCUCUGAAGAGUGUGAGAGUGCAGACCAAUCAGGACGGCCUUCCUCUGUCCACGGUGCGAGAGGUGGCACUGCUCAAACGACUCGAGCAGUUCGACCAUCCCAACAUUGUCAGGCUGAUGGACGUGUGCGCCACACUGAGAACAGACCAGGAGACUAAAGUGACUCUAGUGUUUGAGCACGUGGAUCAGGACCUCAGGACGUAUCUGGAGAAAGUGCCGGCACCUGGGCUGCCCAUCCACCAGAUCAGAGACUUGAUGCAGCAGCUGCUGUGUGGGCUGGCGUUCUUGCACUCGAAUCGAGUUCUCCACCGGGACCUGAAGCCGGAGAACAUCCUGGUGACCAGCAGAGGGCAGGUGAAGCUGGCUGACUUCGGCCUGGCACGGAUCUACAGCUGCCACAUGGCUCUCACACCGGUGGUGGUGACGCUGUGGUAUCGCUCUCCGGAGGUGCUGCUCCAGACCACUUACGCCACGCCGCUGGAUAUCUGGAGCACCGGCUGCAUCUUCGCCGAGAUGUUCAGACGCAAACCUCUCUUCUGUGGAGAUUCAGAGGUGGACCAGCUGAGCAAGAUUUUUGCAGUGAUCGGCCUGCCGGCUGAAGACGAGUGGCCCACUGAUGUCACUCUGUCUUGGCAGAACUUCAGCCCUCAAGCCCCUCAGCCAAUCACAGACUGCCUUCCUGAGAUCAGCGAGAAGGGGGCGGAGCUCUUACUGGAAAUGCUGACGUUCGACCCGUUGAAACGAAUCUCUGCGCUGAAUGCUUUGGAGCAUCCGUUCUUUACUGAAUGAGUGCUUUAUUCCCAUUAUUCACUGCUGAGUGAGUGUUUUCAGUGUUGUUCAAGGAUGAGGAGGUGUGAUGAUGAUAGACUUGAACUUUUAAGUGUCAUAUUUCUCUGCCUUUACAGUGUAUUGUGGGUCAGUGGAACAUUAUCAUUAGCAGGUGCUACGACACCGCAUUUCAUUUCUGGUGUGUGUGUGUGUGUGUGUGUGUGUGUGUGUUGUGUGAAUGUGAGUGAGUCUGUGUGU